GACGUGGCUGUGAACGUGGUGGGCAAGUACCGGUACCGCAUGACGUCCCCGGCGGAUUCCACCUGGGUCCCGCUCAUCAUCGACAUCAUCCUGGUGGGGCGCACCAAGAUCAUCACCCUCCACUCAGGCAUCUGGCUGGAGAACUCAAUCGACAGGGACAUCUCCCUGCGCCUCCACGUCCCCACCACCUCCCUGGUGCCCCCCUCGGCGGGCACAGCGCGCACGGGGAGCCUGUACGUGGACAUGCGGGAGGUGGUGCAGAUGCACGUGAGCGUGGAGGAGAUUGGGAUGCGCAGCACGCACUGGUGCACCGUCAGCCAGGGCGUGCGCUUCGCCACGCUGCCAGACGGCGCGGUGGAGCUGGAGAGCAAGCCCAAGCUCCCCCGCGAGGUGCCCAUGCGCAUGGUUGGGCUGGGCAUGGGGCUGCCCACCAGCCAGGACCCCGCCUCCGUGGACCGAUACCUGGCGAAGCUCAAGGACGCGGCGCUGCACAUGCGCAUGCUGCACGCGCAGUUCCACUACGACGCCAAGCUGGCGCUGUCCAAGGGAGACAUAGAGGCGGCAUGGGGCAGGCUGCGCGCGCUGGGCAAGCGCAUUGGAAAGGCGUCCCGAGAUGGCGUGGCUGCCGCCGCGGGCGAGCGGCGCGGCCGGCGGCGCGGCGGCGGCCAGCCGGCGGAGUCGGCCGGCCGGCGGCGCCGCCGCUUCCCCACCAUCGUCGAGCGCCACCGGCGCGAGGCUGUGCUGGAGGUGUGGGCGCCGCCCGCCUCGCCUCCCUCGCCGCCGCCAGCUCCGCAGCAGCAGCAGCAGCAGCAGCAGCAGCCGGAGCUAGAAGCGGCCACCCCUGUGGCGCUCAACCCUGUGUAUGAGGAUGCCGGGGAGGGAGCUUCCAGCAGGGGGGGCAGCUUCUCCUCGCCUUCCGGCAGGCCUGGCAGCGCCGGCGGCGGCGGCGCGGCGGCGGCGGCGGCAGCGGCAGCCUCCCCCUCCCAGGCCUCCGAAGCCCAGCUGCUCACAGAUGUGCCGCUUUCUUCGCCCGCGGGCGGCGGCGGCGGCAACGGCGCGGCGACGGCCGGCGCCGCCGGCGCACCGGGCGUGGCGGGCGGGCGGGUGGGCAAGCGGCGGGCGGGGCUGAGCCGCUUUGCGCGCUGCCUGGACUGGCGCAAGGUCGGCGGCCCGCCCCCUGCCCCCUCCUCCGGCACCGCCGCCGCAGGCGCAGACGCUGCGGCUGCGGGCGGCGCAGCAGCCGUCAGUGCCUCCGCCAACCCCUCCCCAUCUCAAGCUGACAGCCGGGCCAGCAGCCACGUGUUGCUGUCAGACAGGGUGCGGCGGUCAGACCUGGUGGGCAGCGCGGGCAGCGAGGCAGGGGCGGCGGCGCCGCCGCACUCGCCCACGCACGCCCCGCGCGCCAGCUCUGGCGAUGAGGAGGUGACGGUGGGGGUGGAGGCGGUGCCAGAGGGCAGCACCGCCGACAGCGAGCUCCCGGCAGCGCCACCCCGGCCGGCGGUGGAGGUGGCUGCCGUGCCGGCGGUGGCGCCUGGCACCGGCGGCGAGAUGGCGGCGGCGGAGACACCCCGCUUUCAGGCCAAGUGGUGGCGCCGCGAGGCGCGGCCGGCGGCGGCGCCUGCGCCGGCUGCGGCCGCCGCCGCCGUGCCGGCCGCCCCAACCGAGGGCGAGGCGGCCGAAGAGGAGAGCGAGGAGCGGCAGGCGAUGAGGGCCGCCUUUGAGGCGUGGCGUGCACACUGCGCCGACGCGGCGUGGCGGCGGCACGGCCUGCCCCGCGACGGCGCAGCGCCUCCGCAGUCGGGCUCGCCUCGGUCGGAGGCCAGCGAGGACACGGAUGUGCAGGUGCGCUCGCCGCCCCUGCUGCACCUGGGGCUGCACAACACGCUGAAUGACGGCAACGCCGCGGCCAGCGGCAGCUGCCGCGUCACCCUCUACGCCCCCUACUGGCUCAAUAACCGCACAGGCACCAGCAUGACUGAGACCACGAGUCGCGACCCCAGCGAAAUGAUGAUGGCGGCAGUGGAUGCGGCCCUGGGCAGCGACAGGGGCGGGUGGGACCCGCUGGGCACGCUGGCGGGCGGCGGCCAGGCUCUGCUGGAGUACAAGCUGGUGCUGAUGAACAAGCAGGAUGAGGUGAUGGUGGGGCUGGCGCACGUGCCCGCGCGCCGCUACAGCCAGGGCAUCAAGAUCACGACCGUGGGCAACAAGAGCAGCCUGGAGCUGCGGGGCCCUGUGGAGGUGAAGCCCUUCACCCCGCGAGACAUCCCCCUCACCGUCGCCCGCGGCCUGCACGGCGCCAUGGCGGCGGCGGCCACCGGCGCGAGGACGGCGGCGGCGGCGGGCGCCAACACGCUGCUGCCCUCCCUGCCCGCCAAGCCCACCCCGCUGCAGCAGCGAGAGGCGGAGGUGCCGAUGGAGCCGCUGCACUCUGCCGCCAGCAUGGCCACGCAUUCGGCCGCCAGCCUGGCGGAGACGGGGCACAGCGCAGAGGAGCAGGGGGAGGGGCGGGAGGGCGGCGCGGGGCCCAGCCACCCAGCCCGCCACUCGCCCUUGGACGAGACGGCGGCGGCCGCGGCGGCGCCGGACGCGGCGGUGGCCCUGGCGCAGCCGCCGGCCCCCGCCGCCGCCUCCCCCGCGCCCCCCAGCAUCGCCACGGGCGUGCUGGGCUCCUCUCUCUCCACAGGCGGCCUGCCCAGCUCGGGGCAGGGGACGCCCACGGCGGCCGCCAGCUGGGGCUCCAAGCCCAAGCACCUGCGCCGGGCCAGCAUGCAGGACAACAGCCUGGUGGAGACGGUUUCGACCGAGCCGGGCACCAUGCUCGUGCGCGUGACCAGCGGCGUGGUGGGACCCACACCCACCUCCCGCCAGCUGCGCCGCAUGGGCUCCUCCCUGAGCCGGGAGCGUUCGGAUGCGCCCGCCCCCGCUAUGUCGCAUGAGCAGGCGCCGGUGCCGGAUCGGGAAGUGGAGGAGGCUGCUGCCCAGAUGCAGCAGGUGCCGCUUCCAUUGGAGCCGGCUCCCAAGCGCGGCUGCGGGGCCGGAGAGGAGGAGCAGGGGGAGGCAGGCGGCGGCGGUGUAGGCUCAGAGGCGCCGCCUGCUGGCGGGCCGGCCGACGAGGCGCCUGCGGCGGAGGAUGCGGCGGCGGAGGAUGCGGUGGCUGGCAGCCUAGGCACGCAGCGCCAGCGCCAGGCCGCAGAGGCGGCGGUGGAGGAGCGCGCGCAGCGGGCGAGCGCCGGGCUGUCGCCCGCGCCCGCCAGCGCGGGCAACAGCGCCCGAGCCUACCUCCAGCGGUGA